AUGACGCUUCCGUCAACGGAGGUCUACUCAACAACGACUGUCACGGUAUACUCUUCCAAUUCAAGCAGUGUGUCAGAUGCAACAAGUUCCGAGGUGGGUGCGAACCCGACUUCAGGAAGUACAUCUUCUGCCGAUAGCGCGCUCAGCAGCGGCAUUGCGCUCAGCAGCACGCUCAGCACUACGAUCAAUGAUGGUACUGCUCUUGCUCCAAGCGUUUUUACCUCAGGCAACGGUCCCCCAUCCGGUGCUCCAACUGGCAGCUCGAGCUCACUCUCUAGUAGAGAUGUCCUGCCCUCGGAAAGUAGCAGGUCAAGCGAGUCGUCAACUCUUCUUUCUGGUACUCCAAGUACACGCUCAGCAUCAAUCUCUAUCGACAUUCCCUCCGUGGCAAGCUCUUUUGCGUCUACGACAGACAACUUGCAACCAUCAGUCUCCUCACCUUCUCCUGCGACAAGCGCCGGCGAAGGACCUUCUCCCGACAUUCAGAUUGGUGAACUACUCUACAUAGCUGUCAAUACUGUGACUGGAAAAGCCAAGCGCGCGCUUCUGUACAUUGCAUUUGAUCGGACUGGCAUCAGUUUCCUGGUCGACAACAAAUCCUCAGCAGCCGUGUUCACCGUUGAUGAAGCCGGCAAUCUACUCAGUGAUGGCAAGUACAUCAGCACUACGACAGAUGAGGGCACCUCAGCUUUGCAGAAGUUCACUUCACCGCCAGUCAGCCCCUACUUCUGGUUUCUUGACGGCUCAAAUCUGUAUUUCGGUGCUGCUACCUUCUGCGUUACCUCGGCCGAGCAAUUCUUUGUCGUCUAUGACGAUACGCCUGCGGAAGGCUGUGCAGCUGUCAAUAUUGCCGCCGAGCCCGGUCCAGCUCAAUCCACCAGUAUAAGUAUUGUUCAGUCAACAACACCCAGCGUGUCACCAUCUGUGACCUCUAGCGGCAUUGCGUCAAGCAUUGCGGCUUCCAACACACCCAGUGGCGUCGUGAUCCCCAGUACCGAGAGCAGAGCUUCAGCAGUGGAAUCAACGGUGGCAUCUGCAACCAGCCUAUCUUCGAGGUCUUCGACAAGUUCCAUCUCACGAUCACCAAGUGCAGCCGGGUCGAACCCCAGCGGCGCCAUCUCUUCGAGCUCUUUGACCAAUUCAAUAUCGCGGUCUCUGAGUACGCCAGGUUCAAUGCCUGUCGACGAGAUCUCCACGAGCUCCUCAACGAGAUCGAUCUCACGUUCACCAACCUCAUCCAGGUCCAAUCUUGUCAGUGCAACUCCUUCUAGCUCUUCUGCUUCUUUCGGAUCAAAUAUCGUCGGCUCCACAGCCAAUCCAAUAUAUUCGCUCUCAUCGUCCACGUCAACAAACGCACAGACCCCGUCAAGUAGCUCUCAAUCCUCCUCAGUAGCUUCUUCAUCUACUUCGCCAUACAUCAGACCCUCGCUGUUCUCUUCUGACAGCUCUACAACCUCUGCACCGACUCUGAGAUCCGCCCACACAACUACAGCCUCAACUACCAUAAGCCUGGGGUCGCUGUCCUUGUCAGCGUCAACAACCUCGAGAAUAACGACAUCUACAACCUCCACCCCGAUCACCUGUUCAGCACGCCCCUUGCCAACCCAAUCUCUCUACCCUGCCGUGCCCAAGCGUGGACUUGCCUACGGCAAUGUCAGCUCCCUUCAAUUCUACUCUCCACCCAGCCAAAUAUCUUGGGCGUAUAACUAUUAUUCCUUGCCCAACAAUAGCGCGACCAACAACACCGGACCCUUCCCAUCCAGCCAGUCGCCCAACAUGACUUUCUACCCACUCCUUUUCAACGACAACCCUUCCCUCACCUCUAUAUGGGAAGCCAACGUCAACUUUGCUGUGACCCACUACGGCGCUGACGCCAUCUUCAGCUUCAACGAGCCCGAUCUCUGCGUCCAAGGUUCUGCAUGCAUGACCGUUGAACGCGCCUUAGUCGCGUACGAGCGCUUCAUUCAGCCAUUCGCGGCCUGCGGCGUCAAGUUGGCCGCACCUUCUGUAACUAACGCGGGUAGUGGCUUCAUAUGGCUUUCCCAGUUCCUCGGCAAUGCCACACAGCGAAAUCUGACGGUCGACAUCAUCAACAUUCACUGGUACGCCUCUCCAUACAAUCAGCAGUAUUUCCAGGACUACAUGGUCAACGCGUCCCGAAUUGGUGGCGAUCGCCCCAUCUGGAUCACCGAGUACGGCAUGGACAAGAUUUACCCGGAGCCGGCGGUGCUGCAGUUCGUUCGGAAUACCACGUACUGGGUUGAUCAGCAGCCGUGGAUCCAGAAGACGGCCUGGUUCGGCAAUUAUAAUAAUAACUUACUGAAUGCGGAUGGGAGUGGCUUGAGUCAGAGGGGGCGGGUGUGGAAGGAGUACGUUGGCAGUAAUUAUGUUUAUGGAUUCAGCAAGAAGAGGCAGGUCCAGGAUAACAAGGGGGUUGACAGGCUUGUGGUGGAAGAGCUGUCGCAACCGGAGGAUUUGGCGACGCCGGAGAACCUGGCGAGCUUGAAGAACCUGGAGAUGGAGGAUACGUUUGGUCGGGCGUGGUUGGAUCUUCUCAGAGGUGAGGAGGUGGGCAGCGAGAAGCAGUAG